AUGGUCCAAGCCACCGUCGCUCUCCACCACCGAUUGUCUCUACAGGUUUCAUUCCCUGACUUGCUUAUUGAUUUGUUGUAUAUCCCACAGUCUCUUCCAUCAAGUAUCUUUAUUUGCUCUUAUUUUCAACACAUAGGAGAUGGUCGUCUAAUCAAACGUCGAAUAAGAGAUGGAAAAGGUGAAUUUUCUAUGGGUUGCCCUCUUCAAGACAGUAGACUGUGUGUCCAUUACAAGGGCAUGCUUCUUGAUGAGAAAAAGAUAGUUUUCUAUGAUACAAAAGUUGAUAAUGAUGGGGAACCUUUGGAGUUUUCCUUAGGGGAAGGGCUUGUACCUGAAGGUUUUGAGAUGUGUGUUCGACUGAUGUUGCCUGAAGAGGUAUCGCACGUCACCUGCCUCCCUGAUUAUGCUUAUGACAAGUUCACAAUGCCAGAUAAUGUUCCUGAAGGUGCUUAUGUUGAAUGGGUGAUUGAGCUUCUUGGUUUUGAAAUGAAAAAGGAUUGGACUGGUAUGGAUUUUAGAGCUAUUAUGAAUGAUUUUGAGAACACAAAAAGCACGGGUAACAGACUAUUCAAAGAAGGAAAAUUUGCUCUUGCCAAAGCCAAGUAUGAUAAGGUUCUACGUGAAUUCAAUCAUGUAAAUCCUCAAGAUGAUGAGGAGGGAAAAGAGUUUGCAAAUACAAGAAAUCUGUUGAAUCUGAACGUGGCUGCUUGCUACUUGAAGAUGGGGGAUUGUAGAAAGUCAAUCGAGACGUGUAAUAAAGUAUUGGAUGCAAAUCAUGUUCAUGUGAAGGCACUUUAUCGUCGAGGAAUGGCAUACAUGGAGACUGGUGAUUUUGAGGAAGCAAGAAGAGAUUUCAAGAGAAUGAUGAGCAUAGACAAGUCAUCCGAAGUCAAUGCAAAGGCAGCUCUUCUUAAACUAAAGCAAACAGAAUAG